AUGAGUAAAAAGUCACUUAACUCGUUGUCAAAGAUUGACAUCUCAGACUCGAUUUCUGAUUUUAUAGAUUUAUCGCAAAUAUAUAGCCUUCCUUCUGUCAAGUUUUGUCCGAGAAAGGAUGAAGUUUUGUCAAAUGUGUCCUCAGAAUCAGAUAAAAAGUCGGUCGUAUCAAACUGCUCAGACUCCAUAAGUUCAAUGACAUCAUCUGACUCGGAUGACUCCAUAGUGUCGCUUAAUAUGGAGGAUAGUAGGAAGGAGGGCCCGGAGGCUGUGACGGAGCUUCAGGACUCGUAUUUGGCAGUUUCCUCAGGUAUCUUGUGCACAUUCACAUUACCUUUAGAUGCGGUGAUAAGCUUUGAUAAGCAUCUCGAUUACAUGAGUGGUCUGACCAGGCACCUGAAAAUUAUUUACAAACACCUAUGCGUUCAAAGCAGUUUCAACGUGGAGUCGAUAUUGAAGUGCUCAUUCGAAGUCUUUGGAAAGCUGCACAGCACAGCCUGCGUAUUGUCGUCAUUCGAUUAUGCGUCGAAAGGGCCCGAGAAGAACAGUCGCGAGUUUCUGAGCAGGUUGCUUGACACGUUCAAGGAGUCGUACAGUGAUCUGGUGCUUUUCAACACACACGUGUGUAAGCUGCUGUCCUCGGAAAUAACAUCGAGCAUCGCCACAAUGCUCCUGGAGUUGAUUCCAUACCUCAUGGACACGCUAUGUUGCACACUGUUUCCUCUGCUGAGGCACCUUGACCAGAAUGAAACGAAGGAUGACCUAUCAACGCUCUUUGAGAAGAUUUUGGGAUAUUACGUGGUUUUCUGUUAUAGUUUCCUGGAUCAUACGGAGGAAUUGUUGAAUAAAAUGGCCUUGCUGACGCUAUAUAGAUUAACGAUAACGUUCGUCCCACUGGAUUUGAUACAUACCAAUAAAGACGAGGGAAAGGAUGAAAAGGAGAUGGUCGGAAAGGAUGAUAGAUUAGAACUGGUGAAUCAUCUGAAGGAGGAAUAUCUGAGGGAUGAAUUUAAGCCGUCAAGCGUCGUUAUGUUUGAAUUGAGAUCGAAAGCGUAUGUCAGUGAGAUGAGUAAACAUGAGGUUGACUUGGUUAAGAGGUCGGUCAGUGUUUUAGAGAGUUGUUUGAGGACAGGCAUUAGUAGACGGCAGUAUCCGACGACACACAUCGAUAACGUUGGCUGUUUUGAAAUGCUAACAUCAUCGUCAGUCACGAGUCUCGUGAAAAGUUUGAACUUCUGGCUUCUGCAAAGACUAGAGUGCAGCAGCGUGUGUAUUAGGAGAGUGGCGCUGAUGAUUAUGAGGCACGCACUGUGCACGAUCCACUUCGUAGAGCGGGACAGGCAGUUUGUGCUAUCGUACGUGUACAACUGUCUGUCGGAAGAGGACACGCUGGAUGAGUCGCUCUCGCUAAUAAGCUGUUUGUCGAAGCUCUAUCCCAUGAAGGACGGAGCAGUCAAGAAGAUCGCAAGCCUGACGCUAAAAGGCUCAAACAGAGGAGUGAGGCUGAGGGUUCUGGAAUGUCUGUCGAGCUGCAAAUUCACAAAGAAGGGCGUCUCGUUCGCGGUGUCGGUCUUAAAGUCGCUGGCGAAGACCUCGACCGCAGGGCAGGGGUACGUGAACCACCAAGGCGAGGCGGCGGGCGCUGGAGACACUGGGAAGGCCCAGGAGUGCGCGUUCGGAGCGAGUGAGUGGCCAGCCAUCGUUGACACACUCGUGUCAAUUGCACGGUCGAACUCGAACGGCGGGGAAAAGACCCAGACGGUUCCGCAAGAAUUCGCGCGCCACGUUAAGAGGAGAAAGCUGGGUCCCGUCUCAGCCUCAGGCUGGAUAUCGCUGUUGUGGAGCUACCUCACUUCGACGGAAGAUGAAAGGGCGCAGCUGUUUAAAAGUUUGUGGUUCACGGAGGCCAUGAUUCGCUUCCCGCGAAUCGUUAAAUCAGUGUUGGAGCUCGACAGUAGGUUUUUUCGCUCACACGUGGCAGUUUACGACAAGUUCCUCCUCCUCGGAGGAGAGUGCGGCGAGGAGAGCCUCGCCUUCCUGAAGGACAAGAGCAACUGGAAGGCGCUCCAUGACCUGCGCGUCCCCUACUCGCUGGACCACUUUGAGAGGGCCAACACCGCCUUCAACGACAGCUACACGGUAACGGGUGCUGGUGCUAAAAAUUCCAUGAAAAGAAAAUUGGAUGAAACUAAGAGAAGCGCGGACGAUUCACAUUCAGGUGUCUGCAGUUGCGUGGAUUGUAGAAUCGACCACGUGAUAAAGGAGUACCACAAGGUUCUCGUCGCGCUCAACGUCAGCACGGGCGUCCCUGCCAAGCAGGACAACCCGUUGGACUCACUAGACUUUCAAUUCGACUCUCUCCACGAUGUGUUCGGUUCUGCAGUCUGCAACAAGUACGAGGCGCCCCAAGAGGACGAACAGGCUUUUGAAAUACUGGGGCGGGUGCCUAAGGCAGCGACUGCUGAGUCGUGGAACGCUUGCCCUCCCGCUGCAGGUGCUUCUUCGACCCCACAGGAUUUCGAAGGGAUUCGUUGCAACAUUGAGGACCUGGAUUGUUUUGAAUACCCCGCCUCCAUGGGAACUGAGGUGAGCCUCAAUUUCAGCUGCAGAUCUUCCAAAUACCCCUCGGAUCUGUCCGUCUUCUACAGGAUGCCAUUUAUAGUUAACCCCAGACCCGAUAGGCGGAACCCCAAUAAGCACUGUAAAAUUGCUGAUACCAGCCCGAUUUGUGCCCCAAGUGUGAGGCUGGACUCCGGUAUGCGCUCCAAAGACCCCGGUAAAUCCUUCAAUUUUGUAAAAGCUCACUUGAGGGCCGAUGAAAAAGUCAAAAAUUUGUACCACGGCACUGUCAGACUUCGCCUCAGUUUUCAUAAUCCAAUCGUUAUCCCCGCCAGGAUCCAGUUUUAUUACAUGGUUGACGGCGCCAGGGGACCUCUGGGGUCCGUCUGGAUCCAUCCCAGAUGCAAGUAUUAG